CAUGCGCACUACGGCUGACCCCUCCGGUUUCUGCGUGCGGUGCCACGUUAGUAGCGGUAGACACAAAAUACCAGCUACUCUCCCAACCUUAAACAAGGAAGAAGACCAAAACUAAGACCACUUCCACAGCUAACCUGUAGCCGACGGUGUCUGCAGCUCUAGUCUCUCUGCCAAGAACAAUACUCGACGCUUAUCAUGUUGAAGCUUCUGCUCAUCUGCACACUGGCUGUGGCCAGCAGAGCCGAAAUCGUUGAGGAAGAUGAUGUCCUGGUACUGAAGAAAAGUAACUUCGAGGAAGCUCUGAAAGCUCACCCCAACAUCCUUGUGGAAUUCUAUGCCCCAUGGUGCGGUCACUGCAAGGCCCUGGUUCCAGAGUACGCCAAGGCCGCCGGCAUGCUGAAGGCCGAUGGCUCAGUGGUGCGCCUGGGUAAGGUGGACGCCACAGAGGAGACUGAACUGGCCCAGGAGUAUGGCGUCCGGGGAUACCCCACCAUCAAGUUCUUCAAGGGUGGAGAGAAGGAGUCACCCAAAGAGUACUCUGCUGGCAGGACGGCUGACGACAUCGUGGCCUGGCUGAAGAAGCGCACCGGCCCGGCCGUCGCAACCCUGGCCGGAGUCACUGAGGCCGAGUCUCUGAUCGCUGACAGCGAGGUGGCAGUCAUCGGAUUCUUUAAGGAUGUUGAUUCUGACGGUGCUAGUGCUAAGGCCUUCGAGAAGGCAGCUGAAGCCACAGACGACGUCCCCUUCGCCUUGGCCGCCAGCGAUGACAUUUUCGCCAAGUUUGAGGUGUACAAGGACAGCGUGGUCCUCUUCAGAAGGUGAUUUGAUGAAGGGCGCAACCUUUGACGGAGAGCUGACCAAGAAGACCUCCUGGCUUUCGUCAAGUCCAACCAGCUGCCUCUGGUCAUCGAGUUCACAGAGCAGACCGCCCCAAAAAUCUUUGGUGGAGAAAUCAAGUCCCACAUCCUCAUGUUCCUGCCCAAAACUGCUAAAGACUUUGAUGACAAAAUGGACGAAUUUAAGAAAGCCGCAGAGGGAUUCAAGGGCAAGAUCCUGUUCAUCUUCAUCGACAGCGACGUGGACGACAACCAGCGCAUCCUGGAGUUCUUCGGCUUGAAGAAAGAGGAGUGCCCCGCCAUCCGCCUCAUCACCCUGGAGGACGAGAUGACCAAGUACAAGCCCGAGAGUCAGGCCAUCACAGCAGAGAGCAUCAUCGGCUUCUGCAACUGUUCGCUGAGGGCAAAACUCAAGCCCCACCUCAUGAGUCAGGACAUCCCUGAAGACUGGGACAAAACCCCCGUCAAGAUUUUGGUGGGAAAGAACUUUGAGGAGAUCGUCUUCCAUCCCUCCAAGAACGUCUUUGUGGAGUUCUAUGCACCUUGGUGUGGACACUGCAAACAGCUGACUCCCAUCUGGGAGAAGCUGGGAGAGAAGUUUAUGGACAACGCUGAUAUCGUCGUGGCUAAGAUGGACUCCACAGCCAAUGAGAUCGAGACGGUCAAGGUCCACAGUUUCCCCACCCUCAAGUUCUUCCCCGCAGGAGACGAGCGCAAGGUGAUCGAUUACAACGGAGAGAGAACACUGGAGGGCUUCAGUAAGUUCCUGGAGAGCGGCGGUAAAGAUGGGCGGCGCCCCCGCAGGAGACGACGAUACGAUAUGGACGCAGAGGAUUUAGAUGAUGUGGACGAAGGACAGGACAUGGACUCUGAUGGCGAGGACGACGACGGUCACGACGAGUUGUAAGAGCUGGCAGAGGAGAGAGAGAGGAGACGAGUCCCGCCCCUACCCUCCAACCAUCACCACCAUCACUUCCUCGUGGCCCUGUCCUGUGAACAUUAAUACUUCCCCCUUAACUUCCUCUCAGUCAUCCAUCAGUGGCGUGGCAGGGCUUUUUUUUUGCCAGCCACAUCUCCAACCUCACAACAUCUGGCCAGACUCGUCUUGUCCCACGAGGGAGGGGGGGGACUCUGUGGAAGAGCGCAGCACCUCCGUGGGAGACCUCAAUGCCUUCUGCUCCACAUCAGCUGUUUGCCUUGUAUAUUUAAACCAAAUGUAAAAACGGCAUUGAGAUCCAUUUUUCAUAAUGUUUACUUUUCUCCUGUUGAAUUUGCUCUCCUCCUCCCUUAAGAAAAACUAAAGAAAAAAGAAAAGCCUUACCAUGUUCAGUGUGGGUAUGAGCUUGAUUAAUGUUGUAACCUGUAUUUGUAGGUAAGGGGGGGGGGGGCUGCUGAUGUUCUUUCCUCCUGAGGGAAGCCCAGAGUUUUAUGUGGAGGUUUUGUAAGGACUCUCAGGGGACAAGGGGCCAUCCUGUAAAAUGUGUUUAUUUUGCAACAUCUUCACUAAAAUACACCCCUCACAGCUAAUCCAGUGUAGCUAACCCCCCCCCCACGUUUUCUUUCUUUAGGUGGAGGGGGAGUCUACUUUUCAUUUCAUUCCUUUAUAAUCCCUCGGUUCAGUCUCCUCAUAUCCGCUACUGACUCUUUUUCUAAAAAAGGAAACUUUGGGGGAAAAAAAACCCUUUUUUAUUUAAUUGCUUUCACAGGUUUUUUUAUUAAUUUAGGAUUUGUCAUUGUUAACGAUGUGCCCAGCUGUAGCCAGCUGUUGGGGCAGAGUUGGCCCCCAGACACGCUCUCAGACCUGGGAUGGUUUCUGGAGCCCGUUGUGACGGGUCGCACUGCAUUCAUGCCUGAUCAGAGAUUCACUGUGGUUACUAUGGUUACUAAGCAGACAGAUAUUGGGAGUUUACUGUUCAGAUUGGUCUGAGAGAAGUGUCUGUAUCUGAGGUGGGAGGGAACAAGUGCACAGCCCCAGCCCUCACCCAUUAUGUACCGCCUUUUGGCUCCACCCAACACCCUUGUUGCUGCCGUGUGUGUCUUUGAGAGGGAGAGAAAGAGAGAGAAUGCUGUGUGAAUGUUGUAUAAAGUGCAAGCUGAAUGACUAGUUCAUGUUUUCUGGUUGUCCAUGAACAGAGAGUGAUUGACUGCGUGUGUUGUGAGGCAGAAGGGGGCGGCGGGGGGGGCUUGAGUAAGGUGAUGGGAUCACAGCUACAGCGGUGGGGGAACUUAAAACAUUCCAUCAUGUCCAAAUUGAUGUGGAAAAACGUGAAAUGGUGGCCAAUAAAAAAAAAAAAUGCGGAAAAUAAA